AUGUGUAUGUGCGCACAAGACACAAUUUGGCGUGUCGAGUACGAAAUAGAAGUGUUGCCAUUGAAGAGGCGCUGUUCCGGGGAGUCGGUGGAAGCCACGGGCGACCCGGCAAAACCGUGGCUGAGGGAGCUGCCUAGGGACCUUAGAGGGACCUUAGACCCUGAUCCGACCAUCGACCCCCACUCCAUCAUCGACACUUUUCUCUCUCUCUCUCUCUUCCUCUCCUCCUCACAAUGGCGUCCAGCGACCUCCGCGACGUCCUCAACCUCGACGCACACGCCGGGCCCCGGCCAGCCAAGAAAACUCAAGACGGCCGCAUCACGACCGAACCUCAAGGGCGGGGGGGGGGGGAAGUCCAGAACCUCGGCGGCGACAACCCCAUCGCCAUCGUCCCCGAGGUCUCCGUCUUCAAGAAGCGACGCAUCGCCGUCCGGAAACCCCGCCGCGCGGUGGGAGCUGCGCGCCUUCCAGAACUCGUCGCGCGGCGACGAUGGCGCUUUCGUCCUGCGCCACUGGCGGAGGAAAACAGACGGCGACGACAACGCGGCCCGGCCAGCCGCCGCGCCGCACGCACAGGGAGACGCCGCGGCGCCGACCGAGCCCAAGGCGCAAGAACACAAGCGGGAGCAGGUGCUGGAGGACUCGGCGUUCGCCAAGUACAACGUCCACGUCGACGUGCCGCAGUACAGCCCGGACCAGUACCAGACCAACCUCAUGAUGAGCGCCCAGACCCCCGUCCAGUACAUGACGAAAGAAGAGUUUGCCCUGCACGAGACCAUGCUCAACUUCAACCCCCAGCAGGAGCGCGUCCGCAAGGAGUUUGCCGUCAACGGCCUCAGCGGCACCAAGGAAGAAGCCAACGAGGAGGAGUCGCUGCUCGUCGAGAUCAAGCGCAUCCUCGCCCGGAGCUCCGUAUUCAACGAGGAGCGCCGCGAGCUCUACAACCGCCUCGACUACCCGCACACCGACCAGGACAUCAACGCCUUCAAGUCGAGCACGGGGCUCCAGACGCUGCUGCAGAACAUGAUGGCCGUCGACAAGAACAAGAAGCGCAAGUCCCUCAUGGGCGCCGACGGCGUCAGCCCCGGCGCCCCGGGCCAGCAGCAGGCGGGCGCCGGAGCUGCUGCUGCUUGCAUUUCGGCGGACGACAACGGCGACAACGACGGCGAUGAGCCUGUCAAGGCGAACAAGAAGGCUGAUCGCCAUGGGGACGCGGCCUCCGAGGAACCGGCCGCUGCUGCUGCUGCCGCCUCGGUCGAGACGAACGAGGAAAAAGCCUCGCCGGCCAAGGCGGCGAGGCCUCCGAGCAGCAGCGGUCCCCAUAAACGGAGCGCCAGCGUCUUGAGCGGUGUUAGUGACAAGAGCGCCAAGAGGUUGAAGAAGUGA